AUGGCAGACGUAGACCCUCACACAAACACCGGAUUCACGUCAACGAUGGAUGAAGCUGCCGCUGCUUCCCAGCAGGAAGGGUUGGGCAGCGCGAAAACCGAACGGUCUCAAAGCACAGGCGACCCCUUCGCCAGUCAGCGGACACCUGAUAACGAUCCCUUUGCGAGGACUGCCUCUACCGAACUGUCUCCUGUUGCCACCUCUCCAUCGCCACAGCAAUCCCCCAUAGAUAGACGGAUGAGCAAAGAGUGGGACGCCUCGAAAGUCCCGCCGUCAAGAUUCCAACGAAGGGAAGGGAGUAUCUUUUCCACGUCGAGCUCAAGAGAUAGCCAUUUGAGUCGCAAGGACCGCGAUUCCGCGUUCCACGCCAAACUAAAGGAAAAGGUUAGUUGA